CCCAAAAUAUUUAUUACUACAAAAACAUCUUAAUUAAUGAGCCCAAUUAUUUAUGUGAAAAAAAGCCCCAUCAUUUUCUCCACUAACAACAAAACCUCUUUGAUCAUCAAGUUUCCACCACCCUAUUCUCCACCGUUCGAUUUAAUGACUCCUUCUGCAUUGACAUGUCACCGGCGUUGCUAGACACCGGAGCUCAGAUUCCAAACCCUAAUAGUUACAUCAACGGUCAGCUUUCUCAUUCUCUAUCUGCCUCUUAUUGUUAUUCUUAUCUAACUUCAAAAAAAUCCCCAAUCAAAACAAGAAACCAGCAUGAAUCCGUCAAAUUUUGGUAAUUUAAAUUCCGGGUUUUCAAACUCAACCCAAUUUAGCAACCAAGAUCCAAACUUUAGCUCUCGAUCAUCGUUAUCAUCGUCAGCCAAAGGUGGUCUUUCGAGGCCAAGAUUGGUAAAAGUUAGGAGGCAAUCAAAUCCCCAGAACUUUAAUGCCAAUGAAGAUAUCUGGGCUAGGUCUGGUUUCAAUCCGUUUCGACCUGAUACGAGUCGUGUUGAACUGGGCGGUUCUGGUUCAACUGGGUUUGAUUCUGGGAGUGGUGGUAAUGAGGCGUUUUUGUUUGGAGCUAGUGGAAGUAAUGUGGGUUUUAAUUCGGAUUCCAGCAAGGGAAUUAUAGAGGACUUGAAAAGUUUGAGAAUUGGAGGUGGAACUAAUGUAAAUGAGAAUGAUAAGAGUGGUUCUGUUAUUUCGAGUGAUGGUAAUAAGAAUUUUGGUGUUGAUGAGAGCAUGCAGAAGCUGAGCAUUGAUGAUAAGGAGAAAGUUGUAGAUGGAGAGUCUAAGUUAAGUGCAAAUGCUAGGUUUGAGAGUGGUGACAAUGUAGGCGGUUCUAUUGGGAGAAAUGUGGGGUCAGUGCUAUCAGAUGAGUUAGACAAGAAAUUGAAUAUUGAAGAGGCCGGGGAUGCCACUAAUGGUGGUGGUAGUUUUCGAGCUGAAGAUAUCAAAAAGUUUGGAUUAAAAAGUAGUGAAAAGCGUAGUGAUAUUUUUGCUGAUGCUUCAGAGAAUGCACUUCCUGAUCGGAUCAAGAAAUUGAGCAUAAAGGACUUUGUAGAUACUUAUAAUGUAAACAAUGAGAAGGAUACCUUUGCUUUUGGAAGCAGGGAAAGCACUGGCGGUUAUGUGGGUGGAGAAAAUGAGAGUAUACUUUCACGUGAGAGGGGUUGCAAGUUGAACCUCGGAAGUGUGAAGGGAGAAUAUUCAAGUCAAACUGACAUGAGAUUUUCUUCAUCACGAAUCUUCAUGCCAACUGUAAAUAAGGGGGAUGAGAAAUUCCAUGAUUGUGGUGAUCCAACGGAAUUUGUUUUUGAAGGAGGAAUGCUGGGUACAGAUGUUGGUGGCUUUCAAGUACCUAUAGAUCAACCAAAAGUCGAUGCACAACCAAUUGGAGUUGCAGGGCCAUCGCAUGCCUUCUCAUCCAGUAGCUUGGCUGGUGGGAAUGCGUUCAGGGUGCCACCUACUGGUGGACUUGAGAAGACAGAUUGGUUUAGUUUUGCAAGCAAGCAAGACAGUGCUAGGUCUCCAUUUGUAGAAUUUGAAACACCAAAUCCCAAAGGAUAUAUUUUCACAGGAUCAAAUCCGACAAUGGAAUUCAGUACGAAGUUUAAAGACUUGAAAGUGAAGAAGAAAAGGGGAAAAUUGAGGCAACAUGUCAAAGUCCCUCUGUGGCCAGGUCAAGAUUUUGUUGAUAGGGAAGGUGGUUCCCAAGAAAUUCCAGAGGCUUCCGAAUCUUAUUCACCAAUGGAUAUUUCACCAUACCAGGAAACAUUGUCUGAUGCUCGAAAUUCCAGGGAAACUUCUGUUGCAUCGGAGGAAUCUUUCACUCUGGAUAAUCAACAUCAAUCAACUGAUUCACAACCAGCUGCUCUGAAUGAUGCAAUAGAUGAAGAUCUGGUUGUUGCAACACAGGAAAUGGAUAAUGAAGAGGAUACGAAAUACGGAGAAACUAAAGAGCAAAACUCUGAAUACUGUUCUGAUAAAAAUAUUGGAGCUGAAAAUUAUCUGGAAGAGUCUAUUUCUGGGGCUGAAACUGAAAGCUUUAAAUCUGCAAAUGAGGAAAUAGAUUCUAUCAACGAUGUUAUGGUUGCUUCAGCAGAAAGUGAAGCCAGUUCAAGUGCAAAUCUAGAUAGUGACCUCAGGACACAAUUUUUUUCAGCUGUGAGUUCGGGCUUCACCUUUGCUGCCUCUUCUACUGCACAAGCAUCUCCAAAACGUCAUCACAAAAAGAAGAAUCUGGCUAAAGUUGAUAAUGAUUCCUUCAAUUCAAGUGCUAAUUCCAAAGGUUCAUAUGCAUCAUCUUCUUUGCAAUUUACACCAUUUUCUGGACCAUCUUCACCCCUGUCCCCUGUACGGAGCAAGAAAGCUGGCUCAUCUGGUCCUUCACAUGUGGUUGGGGAUACCCGUGAGCUGCUUAGAGGACAGGAGAUUAAUCAAGGGUCUGUUUCUGCAUCUGUUGCAGCUCAAGAAGCAUGUGAGAAGUGGCGAAUAAGGGGAAACCAAGCAUACACUAGCGGGGAUUUGUCUAAAGCUGAGGAUUGUUACACAAAAGGUGUAAAUUGUGUUUCUAAAACUGAGACAUCUAGAAGCUGUCUCAGGGCAUUGAUGUUGUGCUAUAGCAACCGUGCGGCUACCCGUAUGUCUCUUGGAAGAAUGAGAGACGCACUAGUAGACUGUAAGAUGGCUGCUGCAAUGGAUCCCAAUUUUCUCAGGGUGCAAGUCAGAGCUGCAAAUUGUUACCUUGCUCUGGGGGAAGUUGAAGAUGCAGUGCAAUAUUUCAAGAGGUGCUUACGGUUAGGCAUUGAUGUCUGCGUGGACCAAAAAACUGCUGUGGAAGCCUCUGACGGGCUGCAAAAGGCACAGAAAGUGUCUGAGUGCAUGCAACAUGCUGCUCUACUUCUGAAACGGGGAGCACCUAAUGAUGCAGAGAGUGCUUUACAAGUAAUUGCUGAGGGGUUGUUGAUAAGUUCGUACUCUGAAAAAUUACUUGAAAUGAAAGCAGAGUCACUUUUCAUGCAGCUGCGGAAGUAUGAAGAGUUAAUUCAACUGUGUGAGCAUACAUUUGAUUCUGCUAAGAAGAAUUCUCCUCCAUUACAUGCUGAUUACCAUGUAGAAAAUCUUGGUCCUGAACUCACAAAGGGCACUUCCUUUAUGAUCUGGCGUUGCCGCUUCAUUUUCAAGUCUUACUUCCAUCUUGGAAGACUGGAGGAGGCUAUUGUUUCACUAGAAAAGCAAGAGGAACUUACUUCUAUUGCAAGGAAUAGUCUGUCCAGGAAUGAUAUUGAAACACAGGAAUCACUAGUACCCUUAGCUGCCACUGUACAAGAACUCUUACGCCAUAAGGCAGCAGGGAAUGAAGCAUUUCAAGCAGGAAAGCAUUCAGAAGCUAUUGAACAUUACAGUGCUGCUCUGUCCCGUAACAUAGAAUCACGGCCUUUUGCAGCCAUUUGUUUUUGCAAUAGAGCUGCUGCAUACAAAGCACUGGGCCAAAUCACUGAUGCUAUAGCAGACUGCAGCCUGGCAAUUGCUCUUGAUGGAAAUUAUUUGAAGGCAAUCUCUAGACGAGCCACUUUAUAUGAGAUGAUAAGGGAUUAUGGACAAGCAGCUAAUGAUCUUCAGAGAGUGGUAGCUAUUCUCAUUAAGCAAGCAGAGGAGAAAACUAAACAUUUUGGGCACUCUGAUAGAAUAACAAACUUGGCAAAUGAUCUAAGACAAGCUCGCCUACGUCUCUCUACCAUAGAAGAAGAAGCCAGAAAGGAGAUUCCUCUGAAUAUGUACCUCAUUCUGGGAAUUGAACCUUCUGCUUCAGCAUCAGAAGUUAAGAAGGCAUAUCGCAAAGCUGCACUUAGACACCAUCCUGACAAGGCUGGUCAGUCCUUGGCAAGAAGUGAUAAUGUAGAUGAUGGCCUGUGGAAGGAGAUAGGAGAAGAAGUCCACAAGGAUGCUGACAGACUUUUUAAAAUGAUUGGAGAGGCAUAUGCCAUGCUUUCAGACCCUGCUAAGCGCUCACAGUAUGAUCUUGAAGAAGCGAUGAGGAAUGACCCAAAGAAACGAAGUGGAAGCAGUACAUACAGAACACAUACAGAACCUCAGAAUUAUCCAUUUGAAAGCAGUAGUAGGAGACAUUGGAAGGGGGUUUGGAGGUCACAUGGUCGGUAACUCAACCAAUGAAAAGCCAGGAUCCACUUGAUUUAACAGAUUUUGAUGACAAUUGUGUGGCAUGAAUGAGAAGAAGAAUCUCGAGAUCCCUGAUCAAGUUAGUCCAUCUGUAAGUCAGGCAGCAAGUCUGGUGGUUGGCCGGCAUCUUUGAUCCAGAGGUCUUGCAGAUGGGAAAUCAUACCUACUAAUGCUUAAGAACUGACAACCUAAAUGCAGAGAACCGCCUAACCAUUGAAAACCUUUCCAAAAAUCGUGGAUUUCUCACAUGCUAGCUAAUUUGGUACAGGAGAGCUGGUUUGUAUUGAAAGUUUGACAGGUAAUUGUCAGAUGUCAGAUUGCGUGAAGGUUGAAUUCUGGAAGAGAUUGCUAACUGUCCGAGUUGUGUAAAUGCAUCGGCUUUGUACAGAUGAAAAGUUGACAAUGCAAUCAAGAAACUAAACCAAUAUCUUGGAAAUUAUAUGGGACUUUGGUUAGAUGAAUUCUUUAGGUGAAUCCUAGAUGUACUGGUCUUAGUUUAAUGUCGUCUAGUGAUUGUAUGUAAGUUAAUUAUGAGUGGCAUGCCCAAACUCACACCAUUUCCAAGUGCCUAACCUUUUAUUAAAUUUCCAUUUGAAUACCUUGACUUCAGUUCUA